CUGCUACAGACGGCAGCAAUGUGACUUGUCGGCUAAACAACUUUCAAAGGAGCCAAUUCUGUACUAAUCAUACUGAAACUAGACAAAACUGCGACGAAGCCCUCGGGGCCACUCGGUGUGACACGUGACCAGACGUCAAAUAAAGCAGCAGGCUGGAGCUUUAGUCAGUGACUUUUGUACAGGCAAACGGGCUGAGCAGGCGCUUAAUGAAAGGAACAUGCCCCCUGCUCCAACAGAUGAUUUUGGCUGCAAACCCCUUGAUGGUGGCUGGGGCUGGAUGGUGGUGUUCGGGGCCCACAUUUCUAUUGGAUUUGCUUACAGCAUGCCCAAAGUCCUCUCCAUUUUCUUCAAAGAGAUCCAAGAGGACUUGGGGACCAGCUACAGUGAAAUAGCUUUGAUUUCUUCUAUCAUGCUAGCUGCCAUGUAUGGAGGCGGACCAGUGAGCAGUAUGUUGGUCACUCGCUUUGGAAGCCGGCCAGUAGUCAUAGUGGGUGGACUGAUGUGUGGGUUGUCCAUGGCAACAGCUUCUUUUGGGAACUCCAUCAUUUCCAUCUACAUUUGCAUUGGCAUCAUUGGAGGUUUUGGACACUCCUUAAACCUCAAUGCAUCUCUCACCAUCAUCAGCAAAUAUUUUCUGGCCAAGCGCCCUUUAGCCAACGGACUAGCUAUGGCUGGGAGUCCAGUGUUCUUAUGUGUGCUCUCCCCUGUCACCCAAUAUUUACUGGAUAAGUUUGGUUGGAGAGGAAGUUUCCUUAUUCUCGGGGGUCUGAUCCUCAAUUGUUGUGUCGCUGGGGCCCUGAUGAGACCUGUUAUUCUGCUUUGUAAACCGUCUCCUUGUGCAGUACAAGAGGAGGAACAGCCAAAUGACAGCAGCUCUAAGCUAAAACUAAGCUGGAAGAAGAAUGCGAAGAAGUUGUUUGAUUUGUCCUUUUUCAAGGAUAGGGGCUUUGUUAUAUACCUUAUUGGGAAUGUGAUGUUCAUCUUUGGUGCCUAUGGACCUAUUGUGUUCUUGUCGGCCUAUGCCGUUAGCCAGGGCGUAGAAGAGUACUCUGCAGCCUACCUCCUCUCUAUUAUGGGCUUUGUGGACAUGUUUAUUCGGCCUGGCACAGGCCUGGUAGCCAACAGUCGGUGGAUCAGACCCAGAAUACAGUACUUCUUUGGCUUUGCCAUGGUUUUCAAUGGCGUAUGCCACUUAGUGUGCCCACUGAUGAAGACUUAUGCCCUACUGGUCGUUUAUACAGUGCUUUUUGGAAUGAGUUUUGGCAUGGUUUUUGCCAUGAUAUUUGAAUGUCUGAUGGACCUGAUGGGAAAUGAACGCUUCUCCAGUGCAGUUGGACUGGUCACCAUCAUCGAGUGCAUCCCCGUGCUAGUGGGACCACCUGUUGCAGGGUUACUGGUGGACAUCUGUGGUGACUACAAGUACCUUUUCCUCAUGUCUGGUUCUGUGAUUGCGACUGGUGGGGUCUUCCUCUUUGUCAUGAACAUCUACCACUAUCACAUGCUGGAAAAAGAGAAGACAGCAAGGGACAGAGAGCAGAACCAAAAAAACACGGAGAACCAGACCACUGAGGCAUCGAUGAAACAAGCUGAGCUUGAGACUAAAAAGCCGAACGGAGCCCAGCAAGAUCCGUGUCCAGAGAAUGCAGAAACACCAAACUAAAUGUGAUUCCUCUAUUUAGUAUGCUUGUCAGGGGCAUGUGGGUCUUAAUGCAGUGCAGUUACUCUUUCCACUGUUUUCCCAAGCCAGGUUUUCAUCUAAUUGUAGCACAAAUUUAAACCGAAUUUCCAGAAUGAAUGCGCUUCCAUGUAUUACCAAAUAACGGUAGUAGCAGCGUUAAUUCUCCUGGCAGGUGACAUUAAAUCAUUACAGAAGAAGAGCGGAAAAUGAGAUUACAUAAUUAAGAGUCCCUGUCAAACAUGAAACAGUGGAAAGCAAUGUAAAAACAUAACAGAAAUGAAACAUUUCUUUUUGUGUUGUGAUAAUUCGAGGAAGGUUACAGUCUCCUCACCAGUUUAUUUUUGUCUGCUACCUUUUUUGGUCUCCAACUAGCAUGUAGGUCACAUGCAGUGUCGCGAUUUAUUGGCUGUCUGUUUCCAUGUCACCUUACAUUGUGUAUGCACACAUUGAAAACACGCGUAAGACAGGUGGAUGGAAACAUUCAGUCAUUAACGUUGUCAGUCAACAGUCAUUUUGACUUUUGAUUAAGCUUUUAAAUCAAGUGCCUGUAGUCACAGCUCUGUAAGGCUGUAUUUAGGUACAGUGAAGCUUUGACAAUGUUAGCUGAUUCUGAUCAGAUAUAAUGUUUGCCAUAUUCACCAUCUUGAUAUGGUGUGUUAGCAUGCUAACAUUUGUUAUUAAUGGCUGAUGGUUAUGCCAUUAAUUUUCAAAAAAAGUAAUUUCUCAGGGCUCCACUUAAGUGUUACAAGUCAUUUUGAGGAAUGAAUGUCUGUUACAAAUUUCAUGGCAGCCCAUCCAGAAAUUGUUGAGAUAUUCAAACAUCAGCUGCAUGCUGGAAAAGUCAGUGCCUGGGCAUUAUGAAUGUCUCUACCAAACUUUUCACUAAUUCAUCAGUAGAUGUUUCAGUAUUUAAUUUAUAGCCAGGAAUGUCGGCCUGCUGUUACGAAGAACUAGUCAGAAAAAGUCAAUCAGUGUCAUCAUCUCUGCUUUUGGACAAAAUUUGCCAGAAAAUGCUGAAAUGCGCAUAGCCUCAACAUAUGGGAGGGAAUCAUAAAGGUCAUUCACAUACUGCAUGUCCCCCAUAUGUCUAAACACCAUCCUUUCUAUUUUGCUUAUUUCAUCUAUCAGAACAUGUGUGUUGUUAACACCAGUCAGACUUCCCUUCCUAUCUGGUGUAUUGUUGGUUUCGGCAUCACCGUCCCAUCCACUGAAUACCGAGUGUAUCUACAUCUCAACUAUCAAAAGGAAUAUUCCAAACAAACCUUAGAGGGCAGCAAUUUACCAUUGCAACAUUAAACCCCAGCAGUGUUUGUUAUGUUGUCAUCCUUACUACUGUGCUUGCAUACUUUAGUAAUUCCCCAUAAAUGGCUGGUAAUUCAUAUACUACAUAAGGCUAAUCCAGCUAGCAUUGGCAUGCUAUUUGCCAGCUGCAUAAAGCUAAUGACCAAUUGAGGCAGUAGCUAAUCCAGUGGGUUGCUAGCAUAAGUUUCCUAGUUACCAGUUUGCUCAAAUGAUCAGUCAGUUUCUAAUUUCCCACCUCUGGAUACUCAUUUUCCCACUUUCAGCCUCUCAGUUACCAGCAUAAGCUUACCAUUGGCCAGACCAGUGGCUGACUUCAGUAGGAUAAAGCCUUUUUUUUAUUUUUUUAUUUUUUUUAUUAUUUGGUAAUUAAAAGUAUGAACCUGAAAAUGAGUAUACUUAAAUGUUUACUUCUAAUGUGUAAAUAAUCAUGAAAGCACACACCUUCUUGUCUGUUUUGUCAUUCAUAACAGUUCAUUUCACAGUAAUCGAAUCUGUCUGUGAAGACUGUAAUUGCUUUUGUUGCAAUGUACCAUAACCUCAGGGGACUGCUAUGAGAUAUUUUGCAUUUGAAGUGUGGACAAUAUGUGCAGAUGAAGGGUGUAACAAGAUGAUUUAUCUCUUCUUUAGCUACUGUUCAGUGAAACUUCUUUGAAAAUAAGUAGUAAAGCCUGUAACAUGCAUACAGUAACAAAACUUGUUACUUAAGUUUGGUAUCUGCGGCAAGUAAUACUGUCUUUUAAAACGUUUUGUCACGAUGUGGAAGACCAUGUGACGUGAAAAUGUAAUUACACAAGUUGUAAUUAUAUAAUUUUAUUGAUUUUCCUCAUAUCUAUGUGUUCUUUGAGGAAAAAUUAAAAUAAAAAUGCACUAAUCCAAUUUUCACGUACUUGUGGCAUUUUAUGACCAUGUUAAAAUGAAAAUGGAGAAGCUGUUUGACAUUUCAUUUUCACAGACUAAACCUGCUGUGGAUAAAAGUGGAUAAAAUAUUCAACUAAAAUAAGUGAAAGAGCACCCCCAGCCUAUUGCAUUUACUUUAGAUGAGUUUAAGUCUGGAGUCUGAAAAAAAUGUUGUGGCUUUACAUUUUCAAGUUAGCAUUGUCAUUUUAACAUAUUCCCUCAUGGGCUUCCAUAUAGAUUUUUUUAAUUUGAGCUUUUAUGUUUAAACAUUAGAAAGUAUGCUGUGUGAGCCACAGUAAUGUAAUAAUUUUGUGUUGACCUUUAACAGUGACAUUUGUUAGGUGGGAGAGAAUGCAUUUGUAUGCACUGUUGAUUGAUUUGACGCUUGGUGUAUUAGGCCAUGUGAGGAAAUGUGUUUUUUGGAGUGGGAGUGAGUGACAAAAAGUGAAUUUGUACUGCAAAUUAUCCAAAGUCUUGUUAUUACAGAUUAACAUUUUAAGGUGAUGGCAGCUUUUGGAUUCUCUGUCCCAGAGAAUUUAAUGAAAGCUUUAGUUUACCAGUUUGAUUAUUAUAGUUUAUUUAAAUUUCUGACAUAUUUUAUGCACAUGUGGUAUAUAAUGUACCGCUGUUGUAAUAACACUAUAUUGUUAAUGUCAAUAAAAUCCCCAUAUAUUUCA